UACCGCGCCAGAGUGUCUCGCCAGUUAAUAGCAUAAUUGCUUUUCUUUAUAUUUAAUCAGCCUCUCCCUGCGGGAAGUCCAGUCCUGACCUGUAUCUGUAUUCCGCGAUCUGGACUAUCGCGAUGCCGUCUCCAAUCACGCGCGGCAAAUACUGCCGAUAUAACCUAUCGUGUCCUUUUCUUUCUACUCUCGCCGUUUACAUCUUAUGGGUGUCUUCUUCCCUCGUCGUAAUCUCGAUCGUCUCCUACUUCGUAUUCCAUCUCCGCAGCCGGCAUUUAUUCCUUCACCUUCUCUCUGCAGCCUCUUAUUUCGUCGUUCUGCAACUACUCUCUGUGCUCAUCAUUUCCUACUGCUAUUCCAUUCCUGUAAUCACGCGCCUCGUCACUGAUGCUAUUAGCUGCGCGCUCUGGGCAGCUGGCUUCACCACCAUGGCAGCCUACGACGUGAGACAGAAGCUCCUGUUGCGAUGCACCGGGCAUUUGAUUUGCAGCCUCUAUAAAGUGCUCUUCGCCUUUGCGGCUGUCGGAUUGAUUGCUUCAAUAUUGGCUCUUGUGUUAGAUGUUUACGUUUUGAGGCGCGUCCGGUCUGGCUAUGAGAACAUCGAGAGCCAGGCGAAUAGAGAGCAGGAUUUUCUGCAGCCCUAUCGCCCGUCUCAUUUAAUGGUGCACAGAGGAUAGGAGGCUUGAGGUGGAGGAUACGGCCGACCGAGGAUAGAAGGGAAUAGCAAAGGCUGAAGACGUGGUACAGAGUAGUACACUCGUAGUUUAUGGAAGCAUGCUGUAAGCGAAUACUGACCUAUCUCAUCCGUGGCUGUAUUUAACUAGCAGCAACUCAGGUAUGACAUUUGCCAAAUCGCAGAGCCCAUUGUAUCUGGUAGUCACAAAGUUGGGAUACCGGUGCCUUUCUUGUAGGUAAUUCAUCAAUUGGCUGGGAAAGCUCUCAAUUCGGCAGACUGCUCGUGGCGCACACACUUACCAAAAAGCUCAUAAGCACGUUUGGACCUGCCCCAGGCUGUAGCAUGAAGGAAGUCUGCUUUUAAUCCUAC